UCAUCGCCAACAAUUCUGAUUAAGAAAAGUUCAUAAAUAAGAGAGACUUACCGGGUUCUGAAGAGAUUGAGUUGAUAGAGUUUUGGCCUUUGCUUGUUGCGUGAGGCUGAGAAAACAUAAGAUCUUCCAUCUCUCCUCUCUGACCAAAUUCUGCCAUUCUUAGCAGAAACAUCAAACAGUUUUCAGGGACCAACUUAUUGUUUCUCCUCUCAUCUUUACUUUUCGAUUCCUUUCCGACAUCUUCAAUCCUCAAUCCUUUAGCGUAAGUCCAAAAACCCGUUAAGCGAGUUUCCCGAUGUCUUCAGAAGUUGCAAUUCAAUUCUUGCUUGUUUCUUUUUUUCCGCGCUUCCAGGAAUAUCGUCUGAAGCAGGACACUGGUUACUCCACAAUUUCUUUUCUCCUUACAAGUUAUUGGGGAAUUAACAUUAGCCUUCAGGAUGGUGGCAGUUACAGAUGAGCAACAACAAGAACAGCGAGAGUGAAGAGAAGCUAAAAAGCAGAGAUUUUGAGUGCCACAAGAAAAUUGCAACAAAUUCUGACACUCCGGAAGAGCAAAAAUCUUAAGAGUAAGAACGCAGUCGUCAUCACCGCCCACUAAGCCUUAUCCAUCAAAUUACCCAUUCCACGCCGCAAGAAAGAAACAAGAGAAAUUCCAGGCACACAUACCCAUCAUGUAUAGCUUCAGCUUCUCCAAAAUUUACAACUUCAAGAACAAGGCAUAGAUCCCACCCAUCAGACAGUCCUACCCCAAACCAUAGAAUAUACAAAGUAUAGAGAGAGAAUGGGAAUGAAGAGCGUUGGAGGAGAAAUAGUUCAGGUCCAAGGAGGCCACAUUAUUCGAUCCACAGGACGCAAAGACCGCCAUAGCAAGGUCUAUACGGUAAAAGGUCCUAGGGAUCGCAGGGUCCGGUUAUCAGCCCACACCGCGAUUCAAUUCUAUGAUGUUCAAGACAGGCUGGGCUAUGACAGACCCAGCAAAGCAGUAGACUGGCUCAUCAAGAAAGCCAAGUCAGCUAUCGACAAGCUUGCUGAGCUACCACCAUGGCACCCAAAUACUAACACUUGUACUGCUGUGGAAACUGAUGAGCCUAAUGCUGGCUCUGGUGAAAUGGCUAUAGCAGAGCAAUCAGAAUCGUCUGGCUACAAUUAUCAGCUUAGGCAGUUCGACGAGAACCCAAACAAUGAUUCUUCUUUCGGUGCACAACAACUUGGGAACGACGCCAUUGCUGAUACCCUGAAAUCUUUCUUUCCCACAAGCACCACCGCUUCUUCAAUCAAUUUUCCACGCUACCCACCUGAUUUAAUCUCAAAAACUAGGACCCCCACCGAAGAUCUCGGCCUAUCUCUUCACUCAUUUCAAGACCCAGGUCUAAUUCACAGCCAUUCUCAGGGAGGCACAAGCCAUACGCCUUCAACCGGUCAGACCCUUUUUGCGGGCCCAGCUCAAGUAGGGUUUGAGACCAAUUUUCAGCGAAUGGUAGCUUGGAGUACGAACACCAGUGGAGAAAAUACAAGGGCCAACUUUGUCUUCAACUCGCUGCCAUUGGCACAGCAACAAGCAUUGGUAGGCCAAGGCUUAACAUUUUCUCAAAGGGGACCCCUUCAGUCCAGUUUUUUAGAAUCCAUUCGCACUUGCGAUGAUUUGCCGGUUGCUUCCCCGGACCAUCAUAAAACACAGGAAAUUCACGAAGCAUCCAUAUUUGGGAGCCGAUUUGCAUCUGAUGGAUUGCCAAGGUUUAGCAUUCCGGCACUAAUUCAUGGGGAGGAGGAGCAUAGUUCUGUUUCAAAUAGACCAUCCUCUUCUCCCAAUUCUUACCGCUGAUUGGAGAACCGAGCAUCCCCCUUUUUCGUAGGUACUUUCUAUUCUUCUUAGAAUUAUCUGCUUUUGUACCAGUUCUGCUUGUUUCCAUGAAAACAUUUUCAAGCAAAUCUCCCCUUCCCCACCCCUCUUAAAAGACAAAAAAAAAAAAAAACAAAACAAAACAAUUAGCAAGUAACCUUUUUCUUUUUGUUGAAUUUUCUACCAUCGGCCACGGUAAAUGAUGUCCCGGUGAAUCGAAGGAGAGGCGAUUCCUUUCAAUUCAGUUGUUCAGCAUUGGAAGUUGGAAUCUUAUCGGUUGAAACCUUUUUUAUGGUUUAAUUUGGUUUGCAUUAAUUCUCUGUUCGUUCGGAAUUGAUGUUGUAUGUGUUUCUUAGGUGGCUCAACUUUUGUUUCAAGAGAACCCGAGUCCCCUUAGGCUGAAUUUGGUUUAAUAAUAUUAGAAUAUGGCACACCCACUCGUGGGUUGGUAUUUUCUUUUAAAUUUA